AUGGGCGCAGGCCAGUCUUCAGUGGCGCAUGUGGUGCUGGAUAAGGCCACGUUUGAGCACGGCGAGCCCGUCACGGGCUGCGUGGUGUUCAAUACGCACAAGCCGGUGCAGUAUCACAGCGUCACCCUCACGGUUGUGGGCAAGGAGCGCACGCAUUGGGAGGAGCGCCACCACACCAAGAACGGCACCAGCACCACCAACUAUGACGGCAAGGCCCACUCCAUCAAGGGGACAAUACCCCUCCUCUCGGGCCCCGGCACCCUCAACCCUGGCGGCUACCGCCUGCCUUUUGCUGUGGCUCUGCCCAACGGCCUGCCGCCCUCGUUCAGCCUCAAGCAGGGCAGUGUCAAGGCAUCCAUCACUUGCAAAGUCAAAGCCAUGGUUGACCAGGUCGGCAUGCUGGCCAAAGAUUUCAAGGCCUCGUCAGCCUUCGCCCUCCUGCCCGCCCCGCCCCGCGCCCCCGCGCCGCUGGCCGGCAAGUCCGAAACCGUGCUCACCGCCUGCUGCUGCUGCGGGCGCGGCGGCGUCGCCAUGCACGUCGAGGCGUCCGCGGACGUGGCUGCGGCCGGGGACGGCGUCCCGCUUGUCGCGAGGGUGGACAAUCGCUCCAGCGAGGCGCUCUCAUGUGAAGCAUCCAUCGUGCGCUGCCUGCGCCUGAGGGCCGCGGGCCUGCUGGGGGACAACCACUACCACAGCGAGGCCGCGGUCGCACACAAAACCCUGAGGCCAGACGGCGACGCCGUCGGCGGCGGCGGCGGCAGCAGCACCGGCGGCGGGAGGGGGGCGAGGGAUGUGAACUGCGUGCGCGCGGGCGGCUCCGCGGCGUUCAGGGAGGUCCUGCAGGUGGAGCCCGAGGCGAUGGCGUCACUCACAAACGCGCAGAAGCGCGCCGCCGCGGCGCCCGCCACGCCGCCGGCGGUGCCGGAAGGGUGGCGGCCGCACGAGUACGAGGUGGCGGCCUUUGUCGUGGACAAGGGCGGCGCGGCGCGCAGGACUGAGCCUGGAUGGUGA